ACAUUAGUCGGACUCGCAAAAACUUUUCGGCUUGUUUACAGCUAUAACAAUUUGGAAAUAACAAUAUUAAUUGUAGUUAUUGAUAACUAAUCAUGUCGUUUCACUUAAGCACAAAAGAGCGCUUGCUUUUGCUAAUCGACGACAUAGAAAUGAUCUCCAAAGAACUUAUAGAGCAAGCGCACCAGAAAAUCUCCAGCACCGAAUUGAGUGAAUUGCUCGAUUUGCUUGUUUCCAAGGAUGAGGAGUUUAGAAAAAUGUUGGAAUUGGCCGAGGAGCAGGCCAAAGUUGAGGAGGCAAUGGAUAAUCUGCGCGCCAAAGUGGAGAUUCACGAUCGGGAAAUUCAGAAGCUACAGAAAUCACUCAAAGAUGCGGAACUCAUACUCUCCACAGCCAUAUUUCAGGCACGCCAGAAGCUGGCCAGCAUUAAUCAGGCUAAUAAGCGUCCCGUUUCGUCAGAGGAACUCAUCAAAUACGCACAUCGCAUUAGUUCGGCAAAUGCAGUCAGCGCUCCACUAACUUGGUGUAUUGGCGAUCUCAGGCGACCAUAUCCCACUGACAUUGAGAUGCGCAACGGGCUACUGGGGAAAUCUGAGCAGAAUAUCAAUGGGGGAAUUGUGACACAUCAGAAUAGCACCAUUCAGUCGGAUGCCCAGCGAAAUUUGAGCGCUGCAGGUGGUCCUGGGGGAGGUGGCGGGGGCGGCGGAGAAGUGCCAAAUGCAUUCCAAAACCAAUUCAGCUGGAAUCUUGGCGAACUGCAUAUGAUGGGUGCAUCGGGUAACUCGGUGGCCCUGGAGACAAGAAAGGAAUCUUCGGCACAGGAUGAUGUGGAAGUCAUGUCCACUGACAGCUCAAGUUCCAGUUCGAGUGACUCGCAAUAGAUGUGUUGGCACUUAAUAUAUAAGCAUAUAAUUUAUAGUAUAGCUAAUAAGCCAGUUUAAUAUAUAUGCACAUUAAUAAUAAAC